AUGAUUUACUUCUUCAUUGUAUUUAACAGACAAGGCAAAGCCAGACUUAACAAAUGGUAUGAGCCACAGACAAAGAAGUCCAAGGAUAAAAUUAUUCGUGAAGUUUCAAACGCAAUUUUAUCAAGACCAUCAAACUGCUCCACAUUCAUCGAAUGGAGAGAUAGAAAGCUUGUAUUCAACAGAUAUGCUUCAUUAUUCUUCGUAAUGGGCGUAGAUGUCAGCGAGAAUGAGUCAAUGUGCCUCGAUGCGAUUCAUUUCUACGUAGAAACACUUGAUGCUUUCUUCGGCAAUGUCCGCGAAGUCGAUUUAAUUUUCGGCUUCCAAUACGCUUACAACAUUCUCGAUGAGCUUAUUUUAGCCGGAGAAUUUGUUGAAAGUUCUCGCUAUAAUCCAAUUCAAUCAAUUCAAGAGCAGAAGGAAGCUAUUCUUACAGAACAAGGUCCAAAGUUCGAAUUGUAA